ACAACUUCAAAUGCUAAAAACGUUCAAUAAAAACAAAAUUAUGUUAGGUACGGCUAGCCAAAAUAAGGUACGGGUGGACCAUAUUAAGAGAAGGCUGGAUUUUAUUAUAUAAGAAACAACUUCAAAUGCUAAAAAAAAAUUAAUAUAAACGAAAAACAAUAAGUACGUAGAAGAAGUAGAGUUUACUGGGAAGUAAAGUGCGGGCGGGGUUAAGAAAAAAAUUGUAUGCAAUAUACUCUACUAGGUCGGCUCCACAUUGUUUUCUGCACAGGAAAAUAAGAAAAUGCUACUUUGAAAGUGAUGCGGUAAAUCUUCUGUCUAACUGAGGUAUAGACUGUGAAUGUCUGAAUAAGGAGUAGAAUUAACGUUUUUGCCAGUUGAAGGACACACGCGUUUUUAUUCGUUGGAUGUUAUAGUUAAUGGAGGAGAUGUAAACUUUUUAUAUAAAAUGAAAGAACUUUAAAAAAAAAAUUAAUAUUCGUUGUUAUUAUGAGUGCACGUUUUUUUAAUGAUGGAAAACGAUAAGAAAAAGGAAGAACUUAAUAAAGCCGCGAAACAAUGUGUGAGUAAAGGUUUUUUAUAUUUUAAUUUUGAUUGUGUUAACUGUGUCCCGAUUUAAUUCAGCAUAUACACUUUUUAUAAAAACAUUUUUUUACAAGAACAAUAAGGUUAAAAAUUAUUGACAAAUAAGAACGAAAUAAGAACUAUACUCAAGGGCAAAAUUUUACUGAUUUUUCUAAAAACAACAACAAACAUAAAGAAAUAUUUCUUGACAGAAUUAAAAUGAGAAUGCGCUAACACAUUAACAAAUAAGAUGAAAAAUAAUAACCAAGAGAUUCCAAGUCUAGGUGGUUCUUACAAAAAAACUGUCACUUCAUUCCUCACACACUCUUUUUUUCUUUAACGAGAGCAAAAUAUACACUGCUAUUUUCUAUUUACAACACCUAAAAAUGCAUUAUGUUGUUUUACGGCUUUACAUGCGUACACGUUCGUUGUAGUGAAAUGAUUUAAAGCAGUAGGAGAUGUUUUUUGAAAAGCAUAAAUAUAAUUUCUUCUUAUUUUCUAUUUCAGGUGUGACAUUUGUAAAACUUAUUCAUUUUGCAAAUGUUCUUUAUUUACAAAGGACAGGGAUCUAUCCAAAAGAUAAAUUUUCUAUCGUUAAAUUGAAAAAAUCGGGAAAUGAAACAUCUCAAUCUCAUCAAACACAUGCUAUCCCCUUUAUUUUACUUUACUUGAUAAGUCGCAUUGAAGUUCACCGCUCGUACUAACCACCUUUUUAUUGCCAGCCGUACAUAAAUUGUUGAUUUGGCCUUCACCUUCCCGCGCUCUCCCCCGUUUAGUUUCUAUAAGAGCAAGAUGUUUCGUUAACAUUUUUCGUAUUUUGCGGGUUCAUUGGCGAUUGAGAAACAGAAAUUCAGUGACACAACAAAUUUACCACUACGAUUGGUUCAGUUUUUUCCAUUAAAAUACAUUACCUCACCUUAAAAAGAAAAGUGUAGUUACGUACGGCUAAGGUACGGCUUAGGUACAGCUGUUAGGUACGGCUAGCUUUACCUAAGCUUUUGGGAGACCUCUAGCUAGCUAGCUAGUUUAAAGGUUUUUUAGGAUACAUUAAGUUGCCUUUAUUGUACAAAAAGAAAUUAAAAGUACAAAUCAGUGCAUAAUAAAAGUAUUUUUCAAAAUAUAUAUAAUAAAAUUAGUAUCACAAAUAUAAAAACAGAUAACAAAAAGCAAAACUGUCCUGCUGUCCGUUAGGCACAAGACUGAAUAAAACGUGAAGUCCAAAGUUCAACUUGCACUGUUCUGCCUGGAUAAUGAACAUUGACCAGAUUAAGUACGGCAACUUGAGCCAGUUAAGAACAGGGCAGAAAAUACAUAAUCAGGGCAACAUAAUCAGGAAAGGCCUGCUUAUUACUCAAAAAUUAUUAUUUGGCACUUAUAAAGGAACAUAAUCAGGGCAGACCAGUUUAUAUACGAGAGUCUAAUAUUAUUUCUCACUUAUUAUAGAACAAAUAUAAUCGGGGCCCACCGCUUUUAUAUCAUUUGUCAUCACUUCUGACAAGCAAAUAGCCCUGGUAGCAAAGUUGUUGUUGUUCUCGAAUGAAACGAAAUUUCGUGCUGGCAAAUACUAAAUUUUGGGGUUCGUAAGUUUAAUAACUUUUCACCAAACCUAAUUCCCGUUUAGGUUCCGUGAAGUUUAGUUUCUCUUUCACCGUUUUUUAGGGGUGUUCUAUUUUCCAAAGAAUGUUUAAUUUACAAAAGUUCGAAGAAAAUGCCAAUCACAGUCUGCCUGGCUAGCCAUUAUAUCAGCGUUCAUAAUCCGCUCACACGACAUAAACAGUGGGAAAAAAAACAUAACCGGACCAUGCGUAAUCCGGCUGUCCCGGUUGUAAACAGGCCGUUUUCGCAAUCUGGGCAGAACAGCGCUGACCACCGAGUUCGCAAAUCCAUAAUGGCGCAUGCAUAAUCUCCGAAAUGGUCUAUUAUCGUAAAGGUGUAUUUGGUAUGUUAAGUGAGCUAGGAGCCGUUCAAGAUAACUUUUAACAUCAAAAUUAGCUACCCCAACUACUACCCUAAAUGCUACCCCUAUGUUUUCAAUUAACCCCGGACAGAUGACGGCUAUAUUUUAGAGACUGCUACUAAUCACUAUUAAAGCUUACCUCCUGAGAAAAAUUAAGUUGCCCUAAAUUGGCUCAUAUCCAUACGUGAUUUACUAAUAUAAAGUUUAUUUUCCUUAAUUCGCACUUAUAAGUUAAUAAUGCCUAUUCAAAGAUUCAAAAAUUCACCUCCGACACGAGGUAAAACAUCUGCAAUGUUGUUUUAUAAAUUAAUUUACCUUGACUGCUCUGACGUCACCUGUUAGAAGACUGUAAAUCAUCUUCCGCAUUGAAAUUUUUACUCAAACUUUAAUAGUGAAAUGCAUUGGUAAUGAGUAUGUUUACCCCCGUGAAAAUAUCAGGAAACUUUGAAAAUGAAUACUAACUUCGGUUGAGAAAUCAUCAUUCAAUUGCAAUACCGAGAAGCUGUGACACAAAAAAAGAAAAAAAGAGCGACAGGGAAAAUGUUGUAAAAUUUCAAUUUGAGCAGGCGAAAUACUAGACCAAGCACUGACUCAGAUUUCAGUUGGGAGAGCUGUGAUGAGGAUACUCUAUUCAAGAAGAAGUCGCUUCACGUGUUGCUGUUGCUGUAAGGACGUGGUGCAAGUGUGGAAAGUGUAAGAUAAUGACGAGCGAAGCGGAGUGUUGUUGCUAUUGCGAGUUAGAAUCCGAGAAUAUUUUUAAUUUGAUCAGUGAGUUUUGAUAUGUUAACGUAUUCGAAUUAGAUAAUAGCGCAUGAGUUCGAUGAAUGACGAUAAGAAUGAAAAAAUCUUCUAACCUUCUUCUUUUUGUUUUUUUCUUUCAAACUCAGUUCUAAAGUCAAAGAACUCGGAAGUAAAAUGAGCUUCGCAGAUCUUAAAAUUCUUUGGAAGCGUAUCCUCCCUCUUGAUCAGUUUGAUUCUUUUGGUGGUUAAGACAACUAGGUAAGUGGGCAAGAAGCCAUCCUUAUUCAUCAACGUGUGGAACUUUUUUUUACAAAUCACAUCACAUCACAUCCGCAAAGUUUCGCCUCUCAUCCCGGGGGUCUGAAUGUGAGCUUCUAACUAGUGACGUCAGGCGCAAAAUUAUACUCUUAAAUGUUCACUUGCAAAAUGGCGAACAAGUGAGGUGAAGGCUUAAAAACAUGAGGUAAACAUUGUCUGGUUUCUUGAAUACUGUAGUGAUUUUAAUAAAAUAAACGUUAAAUUCUUUUUUCUGAAGAUGUUAUGAAUCGAUUUAGGUCAACUUGGUUUUUCUCAGGGAGGUAAGCUUUAAGUAUGUAGAUAAGUAUAAAAUAUCUAUGACAUGAGAGACUUAAAUUUUACACCAAAGUUAUAGUACAGACCUUAUGGAUAAUUUGAGUACCAAAAUAAAGAAAAACAACUAGGCUGCUACCACAGUUUAUCUCAUAAAUUUUAUCUCUUAAACCAAUUACAAUUCGUAUUUUUCACGGUAGUCAUUAUGAUUUGAGGGAAAACAGGCAGUUUUUGGUAGAAUUUCUGUGUUCUAACUUCAAACCUGUCAUAUAUUGUGUAGUUUUAGGUGAGUUUUCGCUACUUUAGCUGAACUUUAAUUCAGAUAAUGUAUAGUUCUUUGUAAUCAAAGCUGUUAUUGUAAGUGAGUUUGACUGUGAAACAUUUUCCCUCAAGCGAAAGUUGUACCACAUGACAUUGGCAUGGGUUGAUGUGUAGCUGUGGUACUGCCUGCGCUGCAGACUGAACCACGAACCUUACAGACCUUGUGUUUACAAAUCGAACUCCAUAACAACUAGGCCACAUGCCAAAGAAUUAUUGUCUAAGUAUUUUUUUUAAAGUAUAUUUUGACAAUUUUAAUUUCAGGCCUAUUUAAUGAGACAAGAUGGCCUGUAGUUGAACUUGACUGGCAAGGCUGGCCAAUUUUUUAACAAGGAUAACUAGUUUUUCCAACAGUUUCACAAAGUUAAUUUUAGCAAAAAAGUUAUUUGUAGUAAUUUCGCAAAUAUGGGAAUUUUUGUGUAGACAGAUUUUCUGGCAUAUUGAUAAAAUUUGCAAAAAAUUAAUCUUUGCAAAAAUUAAUUUAGGUAUAAACAAAUUUUCUUUUAGAAACUUCAUUAAAAAUGAGAUAUUGUACAGGGAUUAUGAUCAUUAAUUUUUAUGUUGAUUAUGUGUUUGCACAGUACUCAGAUGUUCGCUGUAAAUGUAUAUGUCCCAAAGAUGCGUCCAAAAGUAAUUUUACCAAUAUAGUUAUUGUGAACAACUUGACAUUGCCAGAUCAAUGUAACUGUGAGCAUGUUGUCAAAAGGGAAGAAACAUUUUGUUUAAAAUGUGAAUGUAAAUACGAGACGCGAAAUACUUUACUCAUCAAAGUUAUUGUAAUUUUUCUGAUCACCUCAAUUGCCCUGUUGUAUCUUUACAUGGUUUUUGUAUUUAUACAAAACAAGCGAAAGAAACCAGAACUCAGUGUCACAUCAGAUAACAUCCAGGAAUCUUUAAAGGAGCCGGCUGUGAGAAAAAGACGCACAUUAUCAAUCAGUUCUUUUGAUAGAAGAAUGACAGAAUGGCAACAUAAGGUACAUGAGCAAAGAAACAAUGUGUAUGGAGAAAAUUCUGUUUUGAAUUGAUAUAAUUUUCCAUAUUUAUAGCUUGAUAUUUUUUAUAAAUUUGAAAUUAAUGUUGUACAGAAUAUUAUUUUUCUAUGAUUGUAAAUACUUAUUUGUUUUUGUAACCAAGAUUUGCAUGUGCUCAAAUGGUCUACAAUAAGGCUAGUGCAAAUAUCAACUGAUUUGAAAUUACAAGCAAUAGUCUUAUUGAGUUAUUUAGACUAUCUUCAGUGCUAUAUAUCCAAGCACACAUGGUGCUGAAGAUGAAUAGAUCAGCUUCGGAUUUUUGUGAUUUGAUUUGUUUUCAUUUAGAACUCCUUUAAGGUCAGUGUACUUCGCAAAAAUGGUAAAAUCUAUAUUUUACCAUUAUAAGGUUAUACAGUUGUGUCAAUUUUCUUAUCCUCUGAAUUUGGUUUUCCAGUCUCCAAAGCCAACCUAAGAGAGGCUGGUCAUACAACUGUUUUUUGUAAAUAUUACCACCUAAACCUGUCUAAAUAAUAAUGCAAAAUUGUGUGAAUUUAAUUUUACACAUGACUUGCAGCUAGGCCAUCUAUAUUUAAAAGAUUGUUUAUUGUCAUUUUAUAGCUUCAAAUUAUUUGAAAGAUUGUUUAUUGUCAUUUUAUAGCUUCAAAUGAGUUUCUUGCCUUAUCCCCCCACGUUUUAUUUGGGGGAAGUUGUAUCGGCCUUGAUGAGUGUUUUUUAAAUUAAUUUUUUUACUGGUUGAUGGCCAAACUUUGCCUUAACCCAUAAAAAAUAAAAGAGCAUUCUUUUUUUUUCACUAAAGAAAAAGCAGUGAUUUCACCAGCUAAAUCACAAAUAUGCAGCUUGACAAUGAACAAACUUUCAAAUAUAGAAGGUCAUAUAUAGAACUUGUAAAAUUCGCAGAUGACAGUCUUCUUGUUUCUUCCUUAGGCUACGGUAUUGCAUUUUGACACAUACUCAGUAUUUUUUUGUAUUUUUUUUUUCAAAAUAUGUGUUUUGAAACAUUAAUAGA